UGUAUACCUGUAUUUCACGCAGUGCUGUCAACGGAUUACAACAGAAUUUUGAUAUUCAAAGAGCCCAUUUUCAAUGCUGCACUCACUGGCCACAUUAUUAGGACAGUAAAAGUGUAUGACGAUGGGGGCUGUCGAGUGAUGUGCUAUAUGGAACCAAACUGUGUGUCCUUUAAUGUUGGACCUUCAGAUGACAGAACCCGUACAUGUAACUUGAACAACGCCACAGAUGAUAGCGUAUCACCUACUAGUCUGGUCGAUAGACCAAAUUUUUCCUACAACGGUGCUGAGGUAAACUUUUUUCCCUCUGGCUUAUUAAGUUUUUUAUCAUCAUUUUUGUUAUCGCUCUUGUUUCUCCCUUCUUGAUUUUCGUUAUUUUCUAUGAGAUUGCGAAGCUUUCUCACUAGGUCUUUUCAUAAAGGUAAAACUCAAGUCGUAAUUCAGAACUUUGGUCCAGCGCGCAAGUGGGGCUGUUCUAAGAGUCGUGCCUUAUCGCACGCGUACCACAUCGCACGUGAGCCUCUUUGCACUCGUCUCUUAGAGCACGCACGUACGCGUGUCGUAUUACAAGUUGAGCGUGUCAUACAGGAUACUGCUUGAAACAAAGCAAAAAAAAAGUUGCUAUGCCUACUUUUGUUUUCCUUAGUAAAUAUAUGCACAUCUGCAAAUUUGUGACAAUCUUAGCUUGCCGUGUCAAGAAACACGUUCCCGUGCGUUCACCUUAGUACUCUUUUUCCUUGUAGGGUCACAACUUGAUAUAACCUUAUAUGAUAAGUCUCCGCUGUCCUCUUCCAUCUCCAUACCUUUGACUUCUAAGAGUGCAAGUGAUUAGCAAGUAAUUUCUCUAACAAUACUUACAACCUCUUAAUAAAGUUUUAAUGUCGUGAGAUUAAAUAAAAAAUGGUUACCAACCAAUAAAAGCUCUUGAUUUUUAACUCAAUUCUCCUUGUCAGCACCUUUGGAUAUAUGUAAAAAAAAGUAUGCAGAAUAUGGAUACAGAUAAAAGGAUGUAAAGGGUUUAAAGCGUGAAGAAAUUAACCACUUCAAUGAGAAAUAAAGAAUCACUGGCCGGGUUUCUAUUUGAAAAUACUAGAAGUAAUUAUAACUUAGUUUCCUUCUUUUGAAUAUAGAAUUUUUGUCUUGGGGACCCUUGCCCAGGAGAGAAUUCGGUUUGUCAAGUGGGAUUCACAAAGAAAGGCUUUAGAUGUAAGUUCCUUGAGCGAUGUAAUGAAGGUGAGUAGUUUACUGAUGAACUUGUGCCUGCUGACUGAACCCUUCAUUUCCAAGGGAAGCCAAAAAUAAUUUUUUCUGAAUGCAUUUUCAAGCAAUAAGGAGACGAUGGGAAAACUUUAAUUUGGGGAUGUUGUUCGAUUUGACACGAAAUUCUUAAUGCCAAAUCUUUUGAAACAAUGUAUGGAGUACACUGCUACGAAAUGACAAUUUGAUCGUGGAAGUGAAAGGGUUAAAGAAUGAAUUGAUUUUCAUUAAUAAAAUGGAGUUAUUAAAACAUUUAUUUUGCUCUCCUCCCUCAGGCUUCCUUCAAGGUGAGGCUUCUCUCAGUGGUUCAUGUUAUAAGCUCAUAACCAAGCCUGAGACUUGGAGCAACGCUGACGCCAAAUGCAUAAGCCUCGGAGCUCAGCUGGUAAAGAUCGAAUCAGCUUUCGAGAACGACUUCCUAACUCAAGCCUUUUUCAAAGGAACAUCGGGAACUUACUGGAUUGGACUGAGCGAUCAGGUGCAUGAAGGAAAAUGGAUCUGGACUGACGGUAGCUCACUGGGAGCCGAUGAUUACAGCCCUUGGGGAAAUAAUAACCCCAAUAACUUUGGCGGGCAUCAAAAUUGUGGGCAGAUUGUGAAAGGAGUUUUCAAAUUGGGAUCAUUUUUUUUCAGCGGUUUUGAAGAUGGAGAGUGGAAUGACUUCAGGUGUGAUUUUCUUCUCGGCUAUAUUUGCGAAAAGAAAAUAUACUCUGGAGAGAAUGAGUAGCAAAGGCACCAGUUAAUUACCGCUGCUAUUUAUCCCUGAAUGAUGGCUAAGCCUGUCAUUGCAUUCAUUAUUUUAUGUUUUUCUCUUUUAAACGAGAAUCAAUUUUUAUCAAAUGGAAACAAAGUUUUUUUUAUCCGGAAAUUGAUCGAGCCUGUUUGUUUGGAGGGCAAGAUUUUUUUUUCACGAUAAAGUUUAUCUGGUCCCAAGAUGAGGCUUUGUAAUGUUCUUAUGAACCCCACCUUAUUGGAAAUUUAUUGGCAGUCGACUUUCAAUAUUCUCCCCUUUUGUACUUUGUUGGAGAAGACGAAUCCCUCUUCCGUUCCCCCUGAAAACCAUUUGACUCAACAAAAUCCUCCAUCCCCCACCCAUGUGAUAAAAAAAUGAUUAGUCUCUUAACCCUUUAACUCCCGUGAAUGACCAACACAGAAUUUCUCCUUACUAUAUCAUGCAGACGAGUGAUGAGAAUAAAGAAAAAUAUCAAUAAAGGGAUUACUAAUUGAUCCGAUACCAAAAUCUCUAAACUAACAUAAUAAGAAUCGCAGACAGUAAGGAGAAUUACUAAUGAGAUCUUGGGAGUUAAAGGGUUAAUCGAAAAAAGAUUAAGAAACCAUAAAGAUGAGAAUAUUUUCAAAAAAAGCUGAGUGGUAGACAGAAAAAACCUAUGAAAUGAAUCAAUUCUUGCCCUUUCCUCUGGAAUGGGCUUAACUCUAAUUCUUUUUUAUGUAUACAGAAAUGUUAUUUAACUAAAGUAGUCGCUUUAGACAAAAAAAGUGAAUGAAAACACUGAAGAAGUCUUCAGGCAAACAUCACGAUUUUUGCAGAUGUGCAAACAUUUACCUAACAAAAAGCCUAUUGUUCCUGGGGUUUCUAGGUAAGAAAAAUUUCUAUUAGAAUGAUGAUCCUUCGACAGAAAGAAGGAAUAUGUAAAUGUGAACAUAUUUGAAGUGAUAGUCUUACAAAAAUGCUCUUGCAAAUGACAAAAGUCGAAAGUAAAAAUUUGAGGUCUUCAGGGGCGAUUUCUUUUAACAAAUAUUCGCAUUAAUUUUGGCACUUCAUCAGAGCAACCAGCUGUUUCUUGGACAACGGGCAGUGGGUUAAUUGUUUGUAAUAGGUAACGUCAGUAAUAUUUACUCCUGUUAAAAGUAAUAUAUUUUACAAAAAUAAAACAUUAACAUGGACACGCUAUUCAGAAUUGAAGACUACUGAAACAGGAAGACCUAACUAGUGGAGAUGAUCCAUGUUAGAGGAUGGGUUUUUCGAAACUUGUAAUAGGAAUUGUUCUGUUUGUCAUCGAUGUGUGGUGUGCUGGUAAGUUUAUUUGUAAUCAACGUCUUGGUAAAUCAUUAACGUUGUGUUCCCCGUUUUCCAAGAGAUAAGGGAACAAUAAGGGAACAGAAGUUAGCGUUACACAUUACACUGUGAAUUUUAUUUGAUAAGCAUUGUGUAUCAUUUAACUGCUAACGCACAAAUAUCAAAAAUUGCAUUCAAGGUCCAAUUCUUUAACAACUCAACGAGGAUUCACCCACAUAUUUAAUAAGAGCGACAGAAAUAACACAUAAAGCACAAUGCGUUUUUCUUUCUUAUUUGCGUAAGGGUGAUCGUUUAAGAAAGGGCAUCUAGAGAGAGUAGAGAGAGAAAGAGAGAGUAGAGAGAGAGAGUAGAGAAAGAGAGAGAAGAGACUGAAAGAGCAUCUAGAGAGAUUAUUCAAUACUAUAUGUGACACAAACGCAAUUUGCUGUUUAUAAAUAUUGCAAAUAAUUCAGUUUAAAGAGCUGUCUUCUAAAGAAAGCCGCCGGAUAUCUAGUUAAAGCCUAUAUAUGCCGCACAAUUUUCAUUGAAUGUUGGUUUGUAACGAAAAAAAAACAAAAAAACCACCAGGAUCGGUAAGAGGAGACAAGAGGAAAAAAAAUUCAUAUUUCUGAUGUCUUUUUUCAAAUUGCGUGGUUUGUUUUCCCUUAAAAUUUUCUUAAACAUCAAUGCAAUAAUUAUGCAGUAUCCUUGCUUACACAAAGCACAACAAUAUGGUUGUUAGGAAGAAAGAUCAUUUAGAUAAUGGAACUGAAUGAUGAUUCACGUCACUAAUUCCCUCGAUGAGGGGGGCAUUGGGGUCUGUUAGAAAUCGCAAACAGCAAAAAAGAAAAAGAAAACAAGACAAAACAAAAAAACCAAAAAAAUCUAUCAACACCGAUAAAUUUGCAAAACCGAUAACAGUUGUCAAACCCUUAUCGAUCCGAUACAGAGGUCACAAGUGAAGCAAAAUGGGUUUCGCGGCUAUGAGAGACCCGUGGAGGCGAAAAAUUGCCGCUUAAAUCGAAUAGGAACCGGAAUCCAAAUAGGAAAAAACGGAAACCAGAUCGGAUACCAAAUCCGAAAACCCAUGAGUAUUUUUGACGAAAACCGAAAACCAAAUACUAAAAAACGGUAGAUCCGAAAAUCGCAAUGAACACCACAACAGCAAAAACGAACCGAAAAACCGAAUUAAAAAAUAGCCAAAACCCCUAAACCAAAAAUCCUAAUGCCUUUUUUCUUGCUCCGUAGGACAUGAAUGAAGUUUUGGUUUUAGUCGAUUUAGUUAAGCUCUAGUUAACCGAGUUUAUGCGUGAUAUAGCGAGUUGUAUUUCUAAUUUAAAUCACCACCACUGAUGACUAUCCUAUGAAACUGAUUAAGAUUCACUGUUGCUAAGUAUUCAUUCCAUUAAAAAAAUAGCCCGAGGGAAGGUACAACAGCUAUAAUAAGUAAAGCAUGCAUUAAUCGUCAUUAACUAGUAGCAAAAAAGGGCAUGUAAAACAGUAACUUCUCUCAAAAGCAAAGGGGAAUAACCCUUAAGUGAUUUAUCAGAUGUUUUUCUUUUUCGCUGAAGAUGAAAAGAGUAAAAAUGAGGUCAUAACAAAAAAAAAAAAUGAAAGGGAAAGCCUUGUCACCCAGAGGUACUGCUUAACAUAACAACAUCAAGAGGCUUUUAAAGAAUUUAUCGCCAUAAAAGUCUUGAUAUAAACAGCGUAAAAUGUAUGUUAAGUCAUGCUGAGGUAAUGAGGGCGUUCAGCCUGAUAAUCGAAUAUGAUUCACCAGUUUGAACGAGUCGCGUAGACUUCAAAGGUUAAAACUCAGCGUAAGUGAUGUUAUUAAUCAUUGCUGGAUUUGACGUCACAUCAACCACAAAGCCCGCGUGACUCUUAAUGGGCAUUAAGUGUGUCUUGAGUGCUCGUAAUUAAGGAGUGGAACGCUGUAAACAAUGCUUUAGUUUUCUCCUCUCAUUUUCAGCGAGGUCAGUUAGCUUUACCUGGAACCGAUUUGUUCAUCCUUUUGACCUUUACCUACAAAAUGCCGAAUACUUAGCAAUCGUUAUGUCCAUACAGACUGCACGCCUAAUAAGGCUGCCACCUGAAAAUUGUAGAGAAACCACAGGACCAAUAUUUUUGCAAUUAAGCGUGAUGACAAAACAGAAACUGUGAUCAGUUUUGAUGUAUGAAUAAGGAGAUCCCUACACAUCCCUACACAUAUCCAUUUGAUUUAUCAGCUGAUGUUUUUCUUUUUCGCUGAAGAUGAAAAGAGUAAAAAUGAGGUCAUAACAAAAAAAAAAUGAAAGGGAAAAGCCUCGUCAACCAGAGGUACUGCUUAACAUAACAACAUCAAGAGGCUUUUAAAGAAUUCAUCGCCAUAAAAGUCUUGAUAUAAACAGCGUAAAAUGUAUGUUAAGUCAUGCUGAGGUAAUGAGGGCGUUCAGCCUGAUAAUCGAAUAUCAUUCACCAGUUUGAAUGAGUCGCGUAGACUUCAAAUGUUAAAACUGAGGGUAAGUGAUGUUAUUAAUUACUGCUGGAUUUGACGUCACAUCAACCACAAAGCCCGCGUGACUCUUAAUGGGCAUUAAGUGUGUCUUGAGUGCUCGUAAUUAAGAAGUGGAACGCUAUAAACGAUGCUUUAGUUUUCUCCUCUCAUUUUCAGCGAGGUCAGUUAGCUUUCCCUGGAACCGAUUUGUUCAUCCCUUUGACCUUCACCAAAAAAACGUCGAGUACUUAGCAAUCGUUAUGUCCAUACAGACUGCACGCCUAAUAAGGCUGCCACAUGAAAAUUGUAGAGAAACCACAGGACCAAUAUUUUUGCAAUUAAGCAUGAUGACAAAACGGAAACUGUGAUCAGUUUUUAUGUAUGAAUAAGGAGAUCCCUACACUACCAUAUCCACCACUUAGAUAUAUUGAAGUGGUUGCUCGCUUAAGAGGACUCACAAAUGUCGUUUUCAGUAAACAUAUACAGAUUCGCUGCUUUUUCAGCCUUACUUACUUUUCACCUUACAGUGCUUUCCAAAGAAUAUAGUCGGAUUUUAGAGUUCAAGGAACCAGUACCAAACAAAGCGCUUAACGGGCACUUGAUAAGAGCAGAAAAAGUGGCCAACGAAGGAAGCUGCCGCGUCUUCUGCUAUCUGGAGCCAAAUUGUGUGUCCAUCAAUGUAGGUCCGCAAGAAGAUGGCGGUAGAAUUUGCGAAUUAAACAGUAAAACGGAUGGAAGCUCCUCACUUUCCGCACUGCGGCAAAAGAACCAAUACACUUACUAUGGAAUUGAGGUAUGAGAUAAAAGAAUUGGUUUAUUAAUUUAAUUGCCCCGAGCCACAAGUUCAGUUCCACAUUUGCUCUAUUAUGUGAAUUUUGUACCGGAGAAAAACAUGCUAAAACAGUCGUUACCGAGUAACUUCAUAGCGCCUGGAAGUUCGUUGAUGAAAAGUUAGCAGAUUAUUAAUGUAGUAUGAUAAAGAUUGAAUAUGUUUAUGAGAAGUACCAACAGGACACUGAUAUUGGCUAGGCAUCUCCUAUGAAGAGAACAAAAAGUUUCGAUUUCUUUUUUGCAGGAUAAGUUCAUGUACAAAACGAAAAAAUGAUCUUCCGAAUUACUUCAAAUGUAUGACCAGCUCUGUUGAUUUUUUUAUCUGCAGUAUAUGACACUGUUAUCAUAGAUCCACAGUUGAGAGAUUAAGAUUGAAAUUAUUUUCUGACACAGAAUCCUUGCCGCAGCAACCCUUGUGCCAGAGAGGGAAAAUUGUGUCAAGCGGGAUUCACUGAGAAAGGCUUCCGAUGUGUUUGCCGCGAAAUGGGCGAAGAGGGACACUGCAAAGGUUCUUAUAUCACCAAUGCAAUGAAAAUCAACUCACUCUUGAUCAAGAGGGACCUACAUCUUUUAUCAUCCUAAAAUCUCACCCCUGAAUCGCACGUUAAGGACACAGGAAUAAAGGAAAUGAUCACCAACCAGAGGAGCUCUUCACCAUCUAAGAAAUUGUAUAGAGAACAGAUGGAGAAUGUUUAUUCUGGUUGGGGUGCAAAGAGAUAAUACAUAAAAAAAAAUUGGACUCUUAUCGUCUUCAAAAGUAUACCAUUGCAGUGUAAAAAAGCGUGUAGCUCUCGAUAAAAUAUCCAAUUUUACCCGUUCAUUUCUUGCCAUCUCGAUUUCUACUUUUUUUUCUACUCUUCCAUGUCAUCUGUACACAACGUGUAACGAUCAGCAAGCUGCAAGCCUUCCGUUUGUCAUACCGAGGUUUCUAUAAUCAAAUUUACCUUUCACACUCAACAACACAGUAAAAGAAGGGGUGAUGCAUGAACUAUAAUGCUACUUUAUCUUGAUAUUUUUCUGUGGACAUGUGCAAACAUGAAUCCAAUAUGAAAGAUAACGCAGGUUUGCUAACUAUUUUGCAUUGAUUUUAUUAGACUGUCCUACCGAUUGGAAACCGUAUGGAACCUCUUGUUAUGCUGUAUUCACCGCUGAACUUUCUUGGAAAGACGGAGAAGACCAUUGUAAGUCAAUGAAUGCACGGCUGGUGAAGAUAACUUCUGAGGAUGAGGCUGCUUUUAUUCGUGAGGAUCUUGGUGUCAACUCUCAAAAUACAGCCUAUUGGAUUGGCCUUCAUGAAAAAGAGUCCAAUGAUGAGUGGAAAUGGUCUGACGGAAGUGAACUAGACGUGUUUAUCGACUGGAAUACAGGAGAGCCAAACAUACGGUCCAUAGCUUGCGCUGUGUUGUUUGAUGGAAAGUGGCGCGACAGAAGUUGCUCAGAUAAAUACAACUUCAUUUGUGAGAAAUGAUUACAACCACUGGAACUAAAGUGUUCUCUGUAUUUGUAUGGGUAUGCUUAAAGUACAGUGUGGGAUGCAGCUCGAGACAUAACCCAUAGUCCUCAGUACACCAAUCACUGGCCUAACAUUGAACAUUGGAAGAGUAGUACGGCCGGUUUAACAAUAUCACUUUUAACUUUAAUUAUUGUCGUGCAUAAAUAAAGCUUCUGUUCUGUUUUCUUGUGACUCAGAAACUUUGUCACGUGAUUAUUAAGUAUGAAACAAAUAAGGUAACUGAUGCAUAUGAUAUCAAAUAACCUAAAUAACUUAGAAACCAUGAACACACUCAGCCAUUAGUGAAAUUCGCGAGAAUGUAAUUCCAUCAGUUUUUUUGAAACCAAAAGUUCGUUGGUUCCAUCUGUCGUGCCUGCCGCUCGAAAAUCUCGAAUUGACGCCAGUUAACAGGGAGGCAAGAACUGAAUUUCAAUCUGAGACAAGUUCAAUGCUGGUUCGACUGAUUGCUAACACUUUCCAUUUUUUAAUUCCUUUUUCUGAAAAAGGAAAAUAUAUCCAAGUCCAAACUGCUGAAUAACUCAAACAGAGAAAAUUAAUCAUCGCAGUCAACAGCGUUCGCAUAGACGUAUUAAUCCCUUAUUGAAAACCAUUGCACUGUUUGAGAAACCUGUCGUUUAAACAUUCAAGACUCUGAACGUUGAAUUGUUUACUUUAGAGAAAGCCCUUAGGCUCUAAGAGACAAAUGACAGCCCGGCAUUACAAAAUAUGAAAGGCUGUCCUGAAAAAAUGACUGAGACAACGUAUAUUGAAAUGAUGAUCUUUGAUGAUCCAAUCAGCUCAACAGAAAGAUGAAAUAAUUGCAAAAUUGCGCUAAUUUUAAAGAGAAACAAAAAAGUUACCAUGUAUUAUCGAUCAUCUACGCUUUUUCUUCGUCCAGAUCCGUCCAGAACCCCAUUGUUUUUGAAACAAGAGGCCGCUGAUGUAAGCAGCUAACAACAACAACGAACGAAACUAAAGUCUAAAUUCGGGUCAGAUCAUAAAUACAAAUGCUUUGACAGACCACCAGUGUUGGAACUAGUGCUGGUUUGUUGAAAUAAACAUGUACCCUCUCUCAGAGAGUGCGUCAGGGAUGAAAUCAUCAGAUCCUUUUCACCUUACAGUGCUUUCUAAAAAAUAUAGUCGGAUUUUAGUGUUCAAGGAACCAGUACCAAGCAAAGCGCUUAACGGGCACUUGAUAAGAGCAGAAAAAGUGGCCGACGAAGGAAGCUGCCGCGUCUUCUGCUAUCUGGAGCCAAAUUGUACGUCCAUCAAUGUAAGUCCGCAUGAAGACGGCGGUAGAAGUUGCGAAUUAAACACUAAAGCGGAUGGAAGCCCCUCGCUUUCCGCACUGCGGCAAAAGAACCGAUACACUUACCAUGGAAUUGAGGUAUGA